CUGAGUGAUGGUACAGAAGCAGCCAAGAAGCACAUCCACAGCCCCGCAGUCAUGCUCAGGCGAAGAUUCAUCCCAAUCGGUUCAGAAUUCAGGAAGAAAAUUUUCUCAUCCAAAGCAGCACGACUUCACCAACGUAUUUAAAACUUCAACUUGCGGUUUCCCUGCAAAAGUAACUCGAUGUACACUGAUAGAAGACCAAACCGUGACGACCAGUUCGUCUUUACCAACCAAUCACCCGACAUGCCGACACCUUGUCAGGGCAGCGUUCAGGCUACAAUGCAGCAGCGACAGCAAGACUGUCGUGUCGAGGUCGGCAUGCGGCACGAACUUUACACAAGAAUUCGUCGAGCGAACCAAACUUUGCGACGAGACGAGAAGACGGAGCGACGAGCAGGCAGAAGCACAGCGGAUGCAUACGUACAGAACGAGAAGCUGGUCAUUUAAUACAAUGAAUACAAGGCAAAUGUUUGCACGAAUAUGGGGGUGUAAUAUACAGGAAGAUAGUGUAUUAUUUAGAUUAAGAGCUUCUAAUCAAAGUUCCCCGGGGAUAGUUUCGCUAAACUCUGCGCAUCGCACACGCUCGCAGCUCAACGGGAAAACUUCCAUUCGGUUACGUACGUCUGCUCGUGCCAGGACGGGUUUCUUCAAUGCAUUCAUGAGCCUCAUGCUAAUUUUCUUGAUAUGGGGACUGGAUGAGGCUGCCACCGAGGGGCCUGACAGUCCCCUGACGAGUCACAGGAGUGGCGGAGGAGUGGGCAGUGCAAGUCCCUGCCCCGUGAGCGAGCACACUUGCGAUAAUCUGCAGUGCGUCCCGCGGGACAAGGUUUGCAACGGCGAAGACGAUUGUGGUGAUCAGUCAGACGAGCGUCCCGGCUGCACACCUUGCAACGUGACAUACUACGGAGAGGUUGGCAAGAGCUAUGAGCUAGACCUGCGCUUGUCAGCUUCUGCCAAGCUGCCCUUUACCUGUCAUCUGACAUUUGUGGCAGCUGGUGACAUUUACGGAGAACUCGUACAGCUGGUGUUCAGGGACGUGACUCUCGGCACCUUCAGGUCCCAUCACGUCUUCGGAUGUCCUGGAGGAUCCAUAACGGUGGACGAAGCCAUGCGCCCACAUAUCGAAGGAUACUGGUGUGGUGGCAGCAAUUUACAUAACGUUUACUAUAGCGAAACAAACACAGUUAGCGUUACGAUCCAUGUUCCAGAGAAAAGUAGCAGCCUCAUGACCGUAGAUAAGGACUUCAGAACCCGUGUUUUAUACAAGUUUCUGUUAGAAGCUAAAGCUGUCGUACGCUAUGGCACUUGGGACAGUGCAAAAUACUUGGGUUUUGCGCGCCCUAACUCAAUUUGCGACAAAAUAUUCGAUUCUUGUGAUAGGAGAAAAUGUCGCAUCCAAUCACCUAAUUAUCCCGGCAUGUACCCACGAAACAUCACGUGUCAGUACAUCAUUAGACAGGCCACAGUGCCCUACGGUCGCCACGCCCUCGUCAGCGUGGGCCAACCUAAUAACGGGCACGUGCAUAUCCGCCAUACAGACGCUGCAGAGUGCGACAAAACACUUCAGUUGAGGCUAGACUCAGAGUGCGAUGUUGUUGGAGACACGCUCAACAUCUACGAAAUUUCAGGCGAAAAGCGACGUCUAUUACUGCGAUUUUGCGGAGGAGGCAUCGUUCCACGGGUCACUUCAAGUGGUGCAGAGCUGCUCUUAGUCUUCCAGACUUCAGCGUUCGACAAUAUGUACUUCGACCCGUCACCUGGCACCCACCCCGGCUUUGAACUCGAUGUGGGAGUAGCUUUCGUUCCAAAAAACUCGUACUUGUACGCUGAGGACAAAUGCAUGUUCACUAUUUCAAGUUUUGAGGCAGCCAAAGGCUUUUUUGAAAAUGUUGCUCAUUCUCUGCCCAGCGACUCCAAGUGCAUUUAUGAAUUCAUUGGUCGCUCUGAUGAAGUCAUUUGGCUACAUUUCACACGAUUAAAAUCAACAUACAACCAACCAAAGUCUCGUGACGCACCGCACUGUCGCACAAGAAUUACACUUUCCGAGGAAGGGGCCGAAGAACCCUUAGAAAGCUCUUGUGGCCAUAUGGGAGUCCGCGUGUGUCAUCGUGAGCAACUGGGGCCAGGCAGAAACCGAACUCGGCCGUGCGGAGAGAGCGAGAGUUACCUCACGCAAGGUCCAAAAGCGACCCUCACGAUCCAUUACCUUCUACCGUCAGCUGUCGCCAAUCUCGAAUUCCGGCUGCAUUAUGAAUUUGUUUACUCUGGACCUAAAGCUGAGGCUUUGAAUAUUCAGCAUCCAUGCGACAAACUGAUCACAAGUGAACGAAGUAAGAAAGGGAUGAUUCAGUCACCAGCAAAUAAUUUACUGUACGGCAAGUUUGGAGAAACUUCUCUGCAAUGUAAAUACCGACUUCGAGGCAAGCCCAACGAAGCAGUGCGAGUGACAUUCAUUUCAUUUACAGCGCAUAAUUCGACGUGUCACGGAGGAGAGUCGCCUCUGCAGGCCUGCGGACGACCUCAUCGUUUAGAAGGCCGGGGAUCCCGACUGGAGGUCUCCGAAUAUCCAUGGAAAGAGAUUGAAUUGCCACUGGCAUGCUUAUGUCAUGGCAGCAGCUUGCCAGCCGCUCUAAUGUCAUUCACUUCUAACAUAGCUAUCAAUUUUACGGUCGUCGGUAUGAACGUUUUUGAUGAUUUCUCUCACUUUUCUUUUGAGCUUGAAUAUGAGUUUGUUGAAGUUGCUGAAUGUGAGGAGAAACGCAUUGUUCAGGGGGAAUCAGGCUACCUCACACUACCUAUGAAACCACCGUCGGGUCCCUGCAGAGGACAUCCGUGGUUAAUUAGACCGAAGAAGGAUCGCUUUCUGAUGAUAUCUGUACCAGGGAGAGUUAUCCAAGGAGGACUCCAGUUAGUGGAAGAUACUCACACGAUGUUUUCAAGCAACAAUUUCCCACUUUCUGCAUGUUCCGGGCCCGAACUACAUGCCUACCAGCCGGGCACUCCUCGUCCGCUAAGUGCUGUGUGUGUAGAUCCGUCAUCGUCUGAGACUGUGCAAGUUUUCUCCAGGGGAUUUCGUGAUCCAUGGUCUCUAGACUACCUGGACCAGAAUCAAAGAUCUCUUAUUGUCGUUAUGGUUACUCGACCAAGCCAUUAUUCGGCGCAUCAUUACAGUGAUACAAUCAAUAUAAGGUACGUUCAAGCAGCGCCGCGAUGGUUGGCCGAGAGAUGUGCGACUGAAUGUCCGGAAGUGCAUGCGUGCAUCAGCGCAUCGCUUUUCUGUGAUGGAACGUGGCACUGUCCUACCGGCUCUGAUGAAUCGGUCGGCACAUGCCUAAUGGCUCUUUCUCCUUGGUUUUGGUUAUUCUUUGGCAUUCUUUUUGGUUCCUUAACUGUAGUUGUAAGCUGGUAUGCGAAUGAUCUGUGGAAGAGACAGAAGAAAACUCCUCUUUCAAUAUCAGGGGAAGAGGUUCUUGCCCCUGGGCAUCAAGAAAACCAACAAGAACCUCCUGAGUGCCAUUUCCCUCACUGUAUUGAUGUAAAUUUCGAAACGACAGUCUGACGAUACGUUCCC